AUGUCACAUGUUAAACAAGUGGGACUUUUAGCUGCUGGAUGUCAGCCAUGGAACAAGGAUAUAUGUGCUGCUAGUGGGGACAGAUUUGCCUACUGUGCUACUCUUGCUGUUUAUAUUUAUCAGCUGGAUCACCGCUACAAUGAAUUCAAGCUCCAUGCGAUUAUGUCUGAGCAUAAGAAGACAAUCACAGCCAUAUCUUGGUGUCCCCACAAUCCUGAUGUGUUUGCAAGUGCCAGUGCAGAUAGUUUAGUGAUCAUUUGGAAUGUGAAUGAACAGAAAGUUGUGGCCAAGCUGGACAAUACGAAAGGAAUUCCUGCAUCACUUAGCUGGUGCUGGAACGCUGGUGAUGCAGUUGCAUUUGUGUCCCACAGAGGUCCGCUGUACAUUUGGACUAUCUCCGGCCCUGACAGUGGGGUAACUGUACACCGAGAAGCACAUAGUUUCUUGUCAGAUAUCAGUCUGUUUAGAUGGCAUCCAAAGAAAAAAGGAAAGGUGGUAUUUGGACACACUGAUGGAAGCCUGUCUAUUUUUCAGCCAGCUUCUAAAAAUCAGAAACAUAUCUUAAGACCAGAGUCUCUUGAAGGAGCAGAUGAAGAGGAUCCAGUUACAGCUCUGGAGUGGGACCCUUUGUCAACUGAUUACCUUCUUGUUGCUAAUUUGCAUAAUGGUAUUCGGCUACUUGAUUCAGAAUCUCUGUCCUGUAUCACAACUUUUACUUUUCCCAGUGCAGCAGCAUCUGUUCAGUGUUUAGCCUGGGUUUCUAGUGCACCUGGAAUGUUUAUAACUGGAGGUAAGACUUUUAUUUCCUUAUUUAUACAAAGAUAAUAAGUACAAGAUGAAUCUUCAAAAUUCAAACUCCAAAAUUAUUCUCAGGUUGGUGUGUUACGUGUUUGGAAUGUUUCACGUACAACACCUAUAGAUAAUUUUAAAUUGAAGCAAACUGGUUUCCAUGGCUUGCAUGUGCUAAGUUCUCCUCCAAAGAAAAAGUCAUGUUCAUCACAGUAUCCUACUAAAAAUCACCAUACAUCUUCAACAAGUGAGGCUGUUCCUCCUCCAACUUUAACCCAAAACCAAGCUUUUUCUCUUCCUCCUGGUCAUACCGUCUGUUGCUUCAUGGAUGGUGGAGUGGGGCUUUAUGACAUGGGAGCCAAAAAGUGGGAUUUCCUUAGAGACUUGGGACAUGUUGAGACCAUCUUUGAUUGCAAAUUCAAACCUGAUAACCCUGAUCUUCUUGCUACAGCUUCAUUUGAUGGCACAAUAAAAGUUUGGGACAUAAAUACUUUAUCAGCAGUUUAUACAUCUCCUGGUAAUGAGGGGGUUAUUUAUUCCAUUUCUUGGGCUCCAGGAGAUCUGAACUGCAUAGCGGGUGCAACAUCCAGAAAUGGUGGCUUCAUCUGGGAUGUUCGAAAAGGCAAAAUGAUAACCAGAUUCACUGAGCAUGGAAAGAAUGGAAUCUUCUGCAUUGCCUGGAGUCAUAAAGAUCCCAAAAGAAUAGCAACCUGCAGCAGUGAUGGAUUUUGUAUUAUUCGAACUAUUGAUGGCAAUGUUCUUCACAAGUACAAACAUCCAGCAGCAGUGUUUGGCUGUGAUUGGAGUCAAAACAACAAAGAUAUGAUAGCUACUGGUUGUGAGGAUAAAAAUGUUCGUGUUUACUACUUGGCGACUAGCUCUGAUCAACCACUGAAACUUUUCACUGGGCAUACUGCAAAGGUGUUUCAUGUACGGUGGUCUCCUCUCAGAGAAGGAAUCCUCUGCAGUGGUUCUGAUGACUGUACUGUUAGGAUAUGGGAUUAUACACAGGAUGCUUGUAUAAAUGUUCUUAGUGGGCAUACAGCUCCAGUACGGGGACUGAUGUGGAAUCCUGAAAUUCCUUACCUUCUAAUAUCUGGCAGUUGGGACUAUACAAUUCGAGUCUGGGACACAAGAGAUGGAACGUGUUUGGACACGGUUUAUGAUCAUGGUGCAGAUGUAUAUGGAUUAACAUGCCAUCCUAGUCGUCCAUUUACUGUGGCAUCCUGCUCUCGAGAUUCCACUGUGAGACUCUGGUCACUGACACCUCUGAUAAAUCCACUACAAAUAAAUAUCAUAACAGAUAGAUGUUGGGAUGAUAUUAUCAGUAAUACAGAUCRUGCUGUGGAAUCCGGUGCUCCACCUUUGCUGUGUGGUAAAGUUUCCAGGGAUAUUAAACAAGAAUUGGAAAAGUUGCCAGGAAAUCAUCGAGGAAAAAAACUAAGGUGGUUUUCAGAAUGUUUUUCACCUCCAGGAGGCAGCAAAAAUUUAUGGGAUUUGGUUGCUGUAAUAAAAGGACAGGAUGACAGUUUGCUUCCACAAAACUACUGCAAAGGAAUUAUGCAUAUGAAGCACCUCAUUAGAUUUAGAAUGUCCAAGGCACAAGAACUGACAACAGUAAAGAUGUCUAAGUUUGGAGGCGGUAUUGGUGCAUCAAGCAAAGAGGAAAGACUCAAAGAAGCUGCAGAAAUACAUUUAAGAUUAGGACAGCUUCAGCGAUAUUGUGAGCUAAUGGUGGAACUUGGAGAGUGGGACAAAGCUCUCUCAGUUGCACCUGGUGUAUCAAUGAAAUAUUGGAGGAAGUUAAUGCAAAGGAGAGCUGAUCAGUUAAUUCAGGAAGAAAAUGAUGAUGUCAUCCCAUACUGUGUAGCUAUUGGAGAUGUGAAGAAACUGGUUUCUUUUUUUACUUCAAGGGGUCAGCUUAAAGAGGCUCUACUUGUUGCACAGGCAGCUUGUGAAGGAAAUAUACAGGUGUUGCCACUCUCCACAGCAAGUGGAGAUUAUGGUGGAAACAAUACUGAUGAUUAUAAUGAGCUCUUGCAGAAGGUCAGCCAAGAACUAGCAGAUUGGUAUUUUCAGGAUGGCCAUGCAGUGCUUGCAGCAUGUUGUCAUCUGGCUGUUGAAAAUAUAGAGCUUGCGAUGACAAACCUGAUUCGUGGAAAUGAACUGGAGUUGGCAAUCAGUGUGGGUACUGUCUUAGGAGAAAGUGCAGCACCAGCAACAUAUUAUGCCCUAGAAUUACUAGCAAGAAAAUGUAUGGCAGUAAUAACAUGCUUCCCAUCACUUGGAUACAGGGAUUUAGCAGUUGAUCUUCUUAUGAUGAUUCCUGAUAAUAAACUGCAGUUAGCAAAACUAUGUGCUUUUUAUCCUGGAUGCAUACCAGAAAUAAAUGACCUGCAUAAAAAGUGUAAUCUUCCUGAUGUGGAAGAAUGUAUGCGACUGGCAGAGACAAUUGAGGCAGAUGGGGAUGUAUUUGAAACAAUAAAAUACUAUCUGUUAAGCACAGAACCUGACAAGGCUCUCCCCAUUGGCAUUCAUUAUGUGAAAGAACAACUUUGUGUCUCAGACUGGACUUUAGAUUCAGUCUUUCCAUAUCUUGAUCUUCUGAGUUACAUACGGACUGAACAGUUAAUGUUGCCUAAAUGUAAUGAAUUUCGGAAUGAGUUGCUGAUUUUGUGUGGUUACAUUGGUGCUUUACUUGCUAUCAGAAGACAGUACAAUAGCAUUGUACCUGCACUGUAUGAGUACACAAGUCAGCUUUUAAAAAGACGGGAAGUAUCAGUACCCCUGAAAAUUGAACAGCUUUCUGAGGAAUUAGAUGCGUGGAGAGCUUGCACACAAUCAAACAAGCCUACAGAUGAGUUGCCAUGCACCCCGCCCUCUGAAUCGCAGAAAGCGCUGUAUUCAGUACUCGUAUCACGAAUUCAGGAGGAGCCUCUGAAAGGAAUGGUUGGGCCAGACUGUGUCACUGGAUCAAAUCUUCCUAGUCAUUCAGAUGUUCAUAUCUCUUGUUUGACAGGGCUAAAGAUACAGGGUCCUGUGUUCUUUCUUGAAGAUGGAAAAUCUGCUAUUUCACUGAAUGAUGCUUUGAUGUGGGCCAAAGUGAAUCCUUUUUCACCACUAGGAACAGGAAUACGACUUAAUCCAUUUUGAUGAGGUGUUUCCUCUGUACUUUAUAGUGCUUAAAAUAACACUCUGGGGCUUAAUGUUGAUUUAAGUUUGAUUGUCAAAGGACAGAAAGGUGGUAGUUGAUUACUCCUGAAGGCCAGUUACUUGAACCUUGAAAUUUAUAUAAUGAGAACAAAAGGAUUUCUAUACAAAUGCUUGUUGAGAACCCAAAGAAAAAGGUUAUUUGAUAACCCAAAGAAAGUCCUAGUUUCAUAUAUAGCCAUGCCUUUUUUUAAUAAGAGUAUUGUCAUCAGACAAUUAUUUUAGUCAACUCUGUGUGAAUAGAUGCCUUGUAAAGUAAGCAAGUAUCUGCACAUUACUAAAAUAUUGAUAACAAACUGUGAAAUCAAUAAACACACUUCCAAAUAUAUAAUAAAAUGACUUUAUUGAUAGUAACUGCAAACUGCUUUUAGAAUGACUGAAAUACUGUGGCUCUUUCACACAUUGUGUCCACCUUUUUAAUUUGAACUAAUUUUUACACACAGGGUUCUAUUGCAGAAGUAAAAUUUAAAGAAUAGGUUUUUUUUAUCCACUCAUUAUUGUGCUUUAACAGCAGUACAAAUAGCGGUUCACUUAYGUUUUGUUUCGAUUAUCUAUUUAUUGUAUAUUAUUUAGAUUAUCUAGAUUACAAAGUUCUAUUUUCUACUAGGAUCAUCUUUAGCAACUUUCCCCCUUAUACUUUCAUGGGAGGCUAAAUCUCUUUAUAAUUUUUUUUUUAACAAAGGCUUUGUAAGGAACAAACAGAAAAAUUAUUGAAAUUAUUUAACUAUGCUAUGUACAUUUAAAAUGCUUGUUUUCUUUUUACAUUUUGUAUUAGUUUUAAACAUACAUAUAGUAUGGCAGAUUAGAAGUAAAUACAUGUGCAUAUAUAUUUUUAUUUACUAAGUCUGUUCUAAAAUGGAAAAACAGUUGUGGCAAUAGAAUGCUAAAAAUAUUUAAACCUUAAAGCUGUAUAUAGUAUGGAAUGUAAUUAUAAGACAAAUAUUAUACUUACUAUUCUUACUAAUAAGUCUUAGAAUUGCUCACCUGUAGAAAAGAUGGUUUCAAUACUCUUUAUUAGCUCAAUUGAUGGCAUAUAAGCAGAAAUCUACUUUAUCUGCACUUACAUUU